AUGUUCACCACUUUGCUGGCGGUGGGUUCUCAGGCGCUGACCGCGGAAGGCGCAAAGUUCCUGGCAGCCGGCCUUGCCAUCGCCCUCGGCGUUGUCGGCCCCGGCGUCGGUAUCGGUAUUCUCGGCGCUGGCGCGAUGAACGCCAUCGGCCGCAAUCCUGACGCCGCCGGCGCCAUCACCACCAACAUGAUCCUCGCCAUCGCGUUCGCUGAGGCUCUGGGCAUCUACUCGCUCAUCGUCGCGGUGAUCCUGCUCUUCGUGGUGUAG